AAAGAUUUUAGUUAGAUAUUAAUAAUUUAUAUUUAUGUGAAUAUCUGAAUAGAUAUCUUCGAUACAACUUAAAAUACAAAAAAUAUCAGAUAUAUCGUGUGAGCAUACAAAUGUUUUUGACGUAAUAUUUUCUUGACACGAACGACAUCUGAGCAGCAUAUCCGUACGCAUCUACAACUAUUCUUGUUCUCGCUCGCUCGCUUUUGAUUAUUUGCAACCGUUGGAGAAAGCUAGGCGGGAGAAAUGAAAACAAUUUGGGUGAUCGGCGGACCAGGAUGCGGCAAGGGGACGCAAUGCGACCGAAUGAUUGAGAAAUACGGAUUCGUUCACCUGAGCAGCGGCGAUUUGUUGCGCGCGGAAGUCGCCAGUGGCAGCGAGAGGGGUGCCUCGCUCCAGGACUUGAUGUCCAAAGGAUUAUUCGUGCCAACGGACGUUGUGCUGGAACUUAUCAAGGAGAAAAUGGUUCGCGAAAAGGAUAAAACCAAGACCGGCUUCCUAAUCGAUGGGUAUCCUCGCGAAAAGGAGCAAGGCAUUCUUUUCGAGGAAAAGGUUUGCUCCGUCGACUUGAUUCUUUUCUUCGAUGUAUCAAAUGAAACUUUAAAGAAGAGGCUUCUCGGACGUGCCGCUGUUUCUCAAAGAGCAGAUGACAAUGAAGAAACGAUUAAGAAGAGAAUCGAGAUAUUUAACUCGAAAAACAAUGAGAUCAUCGAUCACUACAAAGAUAAAGUUGUUAAAAUUAAUGCGGAAGGAACGGUGGACGAGAUAUUUGCCAAGGUGGAACAAGCGUUAAACACUGUAUUAGCAUAAUUUGUUAGAUUAAUUUCACCAAUGAAGGGAUCGCAAGUAUCGUCGUGAGACUUUCUCCCGGAUCCAUAAUUCCGGACUCAGCAAACACCAAGUUGUACAACUGUUAGUUAUAAUUUCCUACUCGACAAUGUAACUGUUGUAUAACGUGUGUGUUGAGUAGGAAAUCAUAAGUUAUGUAACUUUCUUGGGAAUUGGUUAUACUCCAGAUGAUACUGAGCACUCUUCUUGCGUAUCUGGCCAGAAUAUACGUGGACAAAUUAAGUACCUUCAAUUGUUAAUUGUUAAAUAAAACUAUGCUGAUACUCAGA